AUGUCUGAAACCGAAACAUCCGAGAAACCUCUAACUGAGGCUCAAAAAGCGCGUAUUGAAAGAAAUCGCGCAAAAGCUUUGAGUUUACGACAAGCCAAAUUAGUAAGCCAUCCCUAUGCCAUGGCAAGGAAGGAUGUCAACACCGUUGAAAGCAAUAAAUCUGUCAUCAAAGUACAAGGAACAAAAUAUGUCGAUAGUGGCGGCGGUUUUUUAAUUGAACAACCAGCAACAACGACAAUGGGAACCCAAGUUCCUCAGGCAAAUGCUGGUGGUGCGCCGGGAUCCACAGAUAUACCUAACCUAGUGGACGAUGCCAUCCAUAUACCCGUAAAAUAUGAUGAAUGUUUGGAAUGCGGUGAAAUGUUUGCCGAUUCAUUUCUAAUGAACAAUUUCAGUCAUUCCGUUUGCGAUAAAUGUCGCGAUCCGGACGGUGAACACUGUCUAAUAACAAGAACUGAAGCAAAAGCUGAAUAUCUACUAAAAGAUUGUGAUUUUGAUAAACGUGAUCCACCGUUACGUUAUAUUAGUCGAAAAAAUCCGCAUAACAUCCGUUGGGGUGAAAUGAAACUAUAUUUACAUUCACAAGUCCAAAAGCGGGCCCUUGAAGUUUGGGGAAGUGAAGAGGAGCUAAUGAAACAGCAUGAAAAUCGUGUUGAAAAGCGAGAGGUUGGUAAAAUACGUAAAUACAAUAAACAAAUGAAACAGUUGCGAAUGGAAGUUCGUAGCAGUUUGUACACGAAGGAAACUAAAGCAGCUCAUGUCCAUGAAUACGGUGAAGAUACUUACAAUGAGGAGGAGGAUACAUAUACGCACACAUGCUUAACGUGUAAUUUUACAGAAACCUAUGAGAAAAUGUAA